UCGCUCAUUUGCUGCAAUUGUGACAGAACUGAGAAAUCUCAGGAAAAAAGAGAGAGUUUGAAUGUUUUGAAUUGUUCAAAUAUUGUAGCGAAAUUUAGGAAUCUUAGCAAUUCUUUCUCUGGCAGUUAACAAAAAGGAUCUUUUACAGUUUGUUACUUGUCGAUUCAACAACUGUCAUACAAAUUUGAAAAUUUUCUCGUGAGUACGAAGGAAGAAACGUUGAAUAUGUCGGAUGAACUAGAGACGAGAAUACAGAAGAUAAAUGCACGAUUCGUAGCGUAUUUAGAAAAGCAUCGCAUAUACGAACUGUUUCACAAUCUCGCAACUCAGUUGAUAAUCCACGAACCAGACGACCAUCUUGUAUUUAUGAAACAGUAUAUGGAAACUGCUGCACAGAGACUCGAUGCGACCAAGAUAAUUUUAAUUGCUCCUCCGACAUUUGAUAAGAUAACCGUUGCUGAGAUUUUUCACGGAGAGUUAGGCAUCCAUCCGUUCACCUUGAAAGAGCUUCGGAGAAUGUGCGAGAAGGACAACGAUACUUGCCACUGCGUGGAAUCAGAGGACCUUGCGUUUGCUAUGAGAAAGAUGUUAGAGACCGGGGCCUUUAUGCGCGGAUGGGUUCUCGUUGAUUUACCGAGAACAAAGAAGGAGGCACGAAUCUUCCAACGAGCUGGUAUAAUCCCGACGCAUGUGAUACAACUGAUAGUCUCAAACGAAACUGGUAAAAGUAUAUACAAUUGGGAUAAUGUUUGUAUGAACGACACGUGCUACCAAUCUUGUAAACCGUUCAAUUUCAUGGCCAAAUCGGACCAACGUCUCUACGAGAAGCGAUUGCAAGGUCUUAGGGAGGCGUAUGCGAAUGUUUUGAUAGAAGUCGAUGUCGGGAUUAGAAACAUUGAUGAGCUUGCAAAGGAUUGCGUGAAACUAGCGAAAACGAAGAAGCAUAGCGGAGCUCCAGCCCUCUUUCGUAUCGCGUUAAUUGGCUCCAGGGGAUCCGGGUGCACGACAUUGGCUAAAUAUUUGGCUGAGCGGUUCAAUCUUGUUCAUGUCGAUUACGAUUACGUGGCGAAGCAAUGUAGUCUGCAAAAGAAUCCUCUGGGUGAGAUGCUACGAAUGUUCGAGCACCAGUGGGGAGCAAGAUCCAAACCCGAGAUCAAAAUGCAAAUUGUCGAGAAAUACAUAUCUGGUUACGAGUGUCUAAAGAAGGGUUGGGUCUUGACCGGAUACCCUAAGACGGUGGAGGAUUUCAAGCUACUGGACCUUAGUCCCACUCCUCCUAACAGAGUGAUUUUCAUGGAGGUCAGUGGCGAUGUCUGUAGAGAAAGAUUACUCAAUCGCCGCUACAAUAUGGAGACAGGUAGCAAGCAUGAUUCGUUUACGAAGAGCAACAACGACACCCGCGACAUAAAAUUAGCUGUACAUCCGAAAGAUUACCGUCUAAUCGUUGAACGAGAUUUACAGGAGUACGAUGAGAAUGUGGCUGACAUGAUGCGGUACGCUGACAAUUGGGAUAAUGUUUGUAUGAACGACACGUGCUACCAAUCUUGUAAACCGUUCAAUUUCAUGGCCAAAUCGGACCAACGUCUCUACGAGAAGCGAUUGCAAGGUCUUAGGGAGGCGUAUGCGAAUGUUUUGAUAGAAGUCGAUGUCGGGAUUAGAAACAUUGAUGAGCUUGCAAAGGAUUGCGUGAAACUAGCGAAAACGAAGAAGCAUAGCGGAGCUCCAGCCCUCUUUCGUAUCGCGUUAAUUGGCUCCAGGGGAUCCGGGUGCACGACAUUGGCUAAAUAUUUGGCUGAGCGGUUCAAUCUUGUUCAUGUCGAUUACGAUUACGUGGCGAAGCAAUGUAGUCUGCAAAAGAAUCCUCUGGGUGAGAUGCUACGAAUGUUCGAGCACCAGUGGGGAGCAAGAUCCAAACCCGAGAUCAAAAUGCAAAUUGUCGAGAAAUACAUAUCUGGUUACGAGUGUCUAAAGAAGGGUUGGGUCUUGACCGGAUACCCUAAGACGGUGGAGGAUUUCAAGCUACUGGACCUUAGUCCCACUCCUCCUAACAGGUCAGUGGCGAUGUCUGUAGAGAAAGAUUACUCAAUCGCCGCUACAAUAUGGAGACAGUUACAGGAGUACGAUGAGAAUGUGGCUGACAUGAUGCGGUACGCUGGUGAAUCCGCGGUAAAAAUCGAUGGAAACGAGGAUGAGAAGAUCGUUCGGGAAAAAGUGGAAGCAUGUCUAAUGCAUCCGGCUCCAGAUCAGAAGCUGAGAGUGCCAAGACCUCCACCCGAGAUCGACCCAAUGGACAUUGAAUUUGAUCCCGAUGAUGAACCUGAUUCCAGCGUAUUCGACCCUAUACGCGCGCGCGAGCCCACCUACGUUUUUCUUUAAAACAGAAUAUUUGUUAUCGAGUAUCCGACCGUUUAAAAUUGCUACUUGCACAGUCAAUCGUGCGGAAAUUACAAAUUCUCACAGCGAUUUUUCUUGUCCGCUGGUAAACGCCGACCAAACUACCAGGGUACCUAGAACUCACCCUUCGUUAAGGGUGGAAGUUGCGCUCCUGCGAGUCCUGUUAUCCUGGUGGUUUAGGCAUCCGUCUCCGCAACAUUAUAGAUUUUGACGUCGAUGAUUCUCCUUGUGCUAGUAUCAACAACCUGAUACACAAGCACCUGUAAUAGGUUGCAAAUCAAAUUUGUAGCCAACAUUGUCUGAUAAAUUACAUGUCCAUUUUUUAUU